CGGACACUAGCUGUAUAACUAAAUACUGCUGAGAAGCACGCCCAUUCGCAUCAUUCUUCGUGCGGCAUUCCACCAGUGAAGGCAAACCGCUUCUUCCCACAGGCAAAGCUCGUCUCUUUAGUUCAUCCUUUUAGUUCCGAUAAACGUGCGUCAGGAAUGAAGACCGCCUGGCUGAUCCUUGGCUCCCUGCUGGUCCUCACGAUACUUGAGCUGAUCCCUGGAAGUGGUGCUGUUCCCUAUGAUUAUGAUGAAAACUAUCCACCAGAAGACGACUAUUCGGAUAACGCCAUUGAUCAUUUGUUACGGACUGCUCAAAAACGUUCUUCCUUAAUUUACCUUUUCAGACGGGCCUGCAUCAGGCGAGGAGGAAACUGUGACCACAGACCUAAUGACUGCUGCUACAACAGUUCUUGCCGCUGCAACCUCUGGGGCUCCAACUGCAGGUGUCAGCGGAUGGGCAUAUUCCAGAAAUGGGGCAAAUAGACAGCUUUGAAUUACCCCUCCACGACGGAUUAAAUCGAUCCAAGGGAAAUUUUCAGAGGGAAUGGGAAAUUAUUAGCACUCGUUUUCAAUAGACUGACACCCAUGACCUCUGAAAAAUUUUCUUGUUUAUUGACCUGAAGCAUAAACACUAGGAUAUGAUUAUAUGAUGAAAACAAUAAGUUCCUUCAGUUUAAGCUUGAAUUUAUCAAAGAAUGAGUUAAUUUCGCACUGGCAACUGAGAAUGAUUGUUUAUUUUUGAUAAAAUUUCUUGAGGGGGAUAUCGUUGUAUUUUCUUCAAACAUUUCUAGACUGAAUGGAAAAUUCUGGGGAACAUCUUCGGGGAUAUAUCAUCGAGAAAAAUUUCGUCUAGCGUCCGUUUGUCCACCGAUUUUUUUGAUAAAUCCACUGAGUGUGGAAUGCUCGAAGAAUCAACACAAAUCAAACUGAAAGUGAAAAGGAAUGAACAGCUAUUUCGACAACUCAGGGGUGAAAAUUGUAUCUACUCCUGGUAAAACUCGGACAAAUCGACCACUGACGAAAUUUUUCGAGCCAGCUUCUCUUUCAUUGAGGAUUUCUUCCAGCCACAUCUUCAAUGAGAAUGCAUGUCUGGCCUACUAUUUAAUUUUGAACUGAACGUUAUUCAAAAUAUUCCUAGUUAUAUGAAAAUAAAUGUUUAUAUAGAUGUGAUGUUGUAUUUUACGGCAUAGUCACACAGUCUGAUAUAACAGUGAUAUUACUGUGUCUGAGUUGUGCCAUUAAACUAGUUAUAUCGAAUCCUAUAUAAUGUUUCUAUAUGUAAAAGGGUACAACAUUCAAACGAUUCUGUCAAUAUUAAAUAUAAUAUCAAUUGGCCUA